GUUUCUGUGUUUCAAAAAUUGAAAAGCCCUCCUCGAAUCCUGGUCUUCGUGGAAGCUAGUGCUGCAAGAAAUAAGCGACCCUCACGAUCUCUCCACCCUCCUCUCUCUCCUCUCUUUCUCCACCCUUCUCUCUCUCUAAAUUUCGGAUCACCAUACGACCAUUCCUCUCUCCUUGAACACUCCUCCUCAACAACCCCUUCUCUCCCACCUCCGCCUUCUUUUUUUUUCCUGCUGCAAGGUUUAUCCUUGUUGGGUUUUUCUUAAUUUUCUGUCACUUUUCUGGGUUUUACUAAAAUUCCUUCAUAUUUUAUUGGGUUUUUAUCUCCCACAUUGAUUGUUGUUUUCCCACAGAGAUUCUUCCAAGUGGGUGUUUUGUCUUGUUUUUUUUGUUUGUUUUGUUCUGUUUUUUUCACUUUCUACUUAUAAUACUUUGGUCAUUGGGUCUACAUUCUCUGUAACCCAUUAUCUUUUUGUUGGGGGUUGAUGGCCUGUUGAUGUCUCUGGCCGUUGGAGUUGUUUCGAGUUCCAAAAACAUGGGGCUGGAUGAUGAAAACACCGCCGAGGUCUCCAACAAGACGGCGAAAACUGGUGGGGCAAAUGUGGAUCAACCGUCCACAGGGUUGGUUAGAGAACCCAGCGAGGGUUCCCUCUAUCAGACCGAGGACGAGGACGACGAUGACGAAGUAAAGAAGAUUGAGUUGGGGCCUCAGUGCACUCUCAAAGAACAAAUUGAGAAGGACGCGGACGAUGAGAGCUUGAGGAGGUGGAAGGAACAGCUUCUUGGGAGUGUAGAUGUUAAUUCUGUUGGAGAAACUCUAGAACCAGAUGUUAAGAUCAUGAGCCUUGCAAUUAAAUCCCCUGGCAGAUCUGAUAUAAUUCUUCCGAUUCCUGAGAACGGAAAUCCCAAAGGGUUGUGGUUUACUUUAAAAGAAGGUAGCCGUUACAGCCUCGAAUUCACUAUUCAGGUCAGCAAUAACAUUGUUUCAGGUCUCAAAUACACAAACACAGUCUGGAAAACUGCUGUGAAAGUUGAUAGCACAAGAGAGAUGCUUGGAACAUUUAGUCCACAGUCAGAACCUUACACACAUGUGUUGCCUGAGGACACAACCCCAUCUGGCAUAUUUGCUAGGGGAUCUUAUUCAGCUCGAAGCAAGUUUGUUGACGAUGACAACAAGUGCUACUUGGAAAUCAAUUACACCUUUGAUAUCCGAAAAGACUGGCAAUCGGCGUAAAAGUCUAUCUGUUUUAUCGAUUUGUUGUCCAUUGUUUUCCCAUGCUGAGAUGAUCUGCAUUUCAUUGUAAUCAUGUGAGAAUUAUUCCACUGCUUACUAGGUGUAUGUUGGUUAACAAAUUGAGCUUUGCUUGCUUUGGCACAACUCUCCUUAUUCUCUGGGAUUACAAUUGUUUGUAUGAUUAACUUAAUUUUCUCGUGUUAAUUGACUGCUUCCGUGCUGAAUUAAAAGUUGAAAGAAAUGCAGUGAAAAAAAUUUCAGCAGGGAAAGUGGGCCUUUCUUACCCGACA